AAUGUGUCACUCCUAACACUAGUGAAAAUUCCGAGGUUUGGCACUGGCUACGAUGAUAUUUUUGUCAAGCAGCACGAUGUUCUGAGAGACGUAGCACUUCGUCUGAGCAAUCAUGUGGAAGUAAAUAGGAGAGAGCGGUUACUGAUGCCGAGAAGAGAGUCCAUGCUUCCCAGAGAAUGGGAGGAGAACAAUAAUCAGCCAUUUGAUGCUCGGAUAGUCUCCAUUCAUACAUGUAAGAACUCACGACUGGAUUGGUUUGACAUGGAACUACCUAAGAAAGAAGUUUUGAUACUGAACUUUUCUUCAGACAAGUACGUCUUGCCACCGUUUAUUUGUAAGAUGGGUAGCCUCAAGGCGCUUGUGAUCAUCAACAAUUCCAUGUCUUUUGCGUGUCUACAUGGCUUCCCACUCUCGGCCAAUUUGGCCAAGCUGAGGAGUCUCUGGCUCGAGAGGGUUCACGUUCCUGAACUCUCUAGCAGUACCAUUUCACUGAGAAACCUUCACAAGAUGCAUCUGAUCCUUUGUAAGAUGAACAACAGCUUUGAUCGAAUGGAUUUGGAUAUUUCCAACAUCUUCCCAAGCUUGUCUAAUUUCACAAUCGAUCACUGUUAUGAUUUUGUGAAACUCUCGACCAUUUGUGAGAUCGUCUCUCUCAACUCCCUCAGCAUAACCAACUGUCCGCGCAUUCUUGUACUGCCAAAGAAUCUGAGUAAACUACAGUCCCUUCAAACUCUUCGGCUAUAUGCUUGCCUCGAGCUGAAAGACCUACCAGUCGAAAUUUGUGAGCUGCCGUGCCUAGAGUACCUUGACAUUUCACAGUGUGACAGCAUAAAUUCUCUUCCUGAAGAGAUUGGGAACCUAAAGAAACUUGAGAAAAUCGACAUGAGAGAGUGCCCUUUAUGGGGUUUACCGGGUUCUGUAGAUGCACUCGAAUCUCUCCGCCAUGUGAUUUGCGAUACGGAGGCUUCGUAUAUGUGGGAGGAAGUCAAAAAGGCAGUUCCAGGACUUUGCAUCGAAGUCGCUGAGAAAUGGACCAAAUGUUACAGCUUGGAAUGGCUCGACGAGUAAGCUCUUUUGAUACCUCGGACUCUUAAUAACCUCUUGUACAAAUCAUUGCUCAUCAGAG